AUGAAAACAUUAUGGGGUGAUUAUUAUUUUGAUGAAAAAACUAAACGUGUUUGUAAAGGUGCACAAAGUAAAGGACAAAAACCAAUGUUUGUUCAAUUUAUUCUUGAAAAUCUUUGGAGUGUUUAUGAAGCAAUUAUUAUUCGACCUGAUAAUGAAAAACUUGAAAAAAUUGCAACAUCAAUUGGUGCUACAUUAACUCCACGAGAUAUUCAACAUACUGAUCCUUCUGUUCCAUUACAUCUUAUAUUUAAUCAAUGGUUACCUAUUGCUUCUGCUGUCUUUGAUAUAGUUGUUGUUCAAGUUCCAAAUCCAAAAGCAUUAAAUAUAGAAAAAAUUGAACAAUUAAUGUGUAAUAAAAGUCGUCGAUUUGAUACAUUGUUAUCAGAAAAUCAACAAUUAAAACAAGCAUUUAUUAAUUGUUCAAGUGAUGAUCAAGAACCAGUGAUAAUUUAUGUUUCAAAAUUAUUUUAUGUGAAUAAGAAUGCUCUAUCACAAAAUAGACAUAAAUCAUUAACUGCUGAAGAUAUAGCACAAGAACGUGAACUUAUUAAACAAAAGGUAGCUGAAGAGACAACAACAACAAAUGAAGAAUUAACAAAUGAAACUGUAGAAAACGACGAUCAAUCGACGACAGAAAAAGAUGUUGGAGAUUCAAUAAAAACAGAAUCGAAUGAAAAUAUGAAUGAAAAUGUAUUUCUUGCAUUUGCACGUGUUUAUAGUGAAAGAUUAAAACGAGGACAAAAAAUUUUUGUUUUAAGUCCAUGUCAUGAUCCAACAUUGUUCGUUGGAAAAAAUCUUAAUGAAGUUUCCGCUCAUAAUAUUUCUCAUCAUGCACAUGAAUUUAUUGUUCAAGAUCUCUAUUUAAUGAUGGGUCGAGAAUUUA